UCAGAAUGUGAGGCAUUCACAGGAGAAAGAGUUCAGUUCCGUCCUCACUCAGUGGAUAAACAGAAAAGAGAAAGGAUAGACAGAAAAUGCUGUAAUAACAUAUAGUCUUAGUAUAAGAUGUUUGUUGAUUUUACUAUGUGGGGAAGAUAAUGUUGUUGUUAGCUAGUGGGGGUCACGGUAUCAGAUCAGGAUCAGGAUCAGGAUGGACCCUCCAUUUCAUUGCUGUUGUGGAGACUAUGCACGGGAGCUCUAGAGAUGGCCGUGGAAAUGUGGACAAAGUUAUGUUUGAACAUAGCGUGCGGUGCAACUUCUUCUCCAGAUUCUAGUUGAAAAGCCUCUAUGACCACCAUGAGCUGGAGCUUUCUAACUCGUCUUCUGGAAGAGAUCCACAACCAUUCCACCUUUGUGGGGAAAGUGUGGCUCACAGUGCUCAUCAUCUUCCGCAUCGUGCUGACUGCCGUGGGGGGCGAGUCCAUCUACUCGGACGAGCAGACCAAGUUUACCUGCAACACCAAGCAGCCCGGCUGUGACAACGUGUGCUAUGAUGCCUUCGCCCCGCUUUCGCAUGUCCGCUUCUGGGUCUUCCAGAUCAUCAUGAUCUCCACCCCCUCGGUCAUGUACCUGGGCUACGCCAUACACAAGAUAGCCCGCGCUUCCGAGGUGGAGCGCCGGAAGUUCCACCACCGGAAGAAGCCCAUUCAGGCCCACAGGUGGAGGGAGAGCCACCCGCUUGAGGAGGUGCUGGAGAAUGAGGACGAUGAUGCAGAGCCCAUGAUCUACCAGGAGGACGUGGUGGAAGUCCAGGAGGUCAAGCUGGAGCCGGCCAAGCCUCAGAAACAUGACGGCCGCCGGCGGAUCAUGCAAGAGGGCCUGAUGAGGAUCUACGUCCUGCAGCUUCUGUCCCGGGCCGUAUUUGAGAUUGGCUUCCUGGUGGGCCAGUAUCUUCUCUAUGGCUUCCGUGUUAAUCCGUCCUAUGUGUGCAAUAAGGUGCCCUGUCCCCACAAGGUAGACUGCUUCAUCUCUCGGCCCACAGAGAAGACCAUAUUCUUGCUCAUCAUGUACGUGGUCAGCUGCCUCUGCCUGCUCCUUAAUGUUUGCGAGAUGUUCCACUUGGGUAUCGGAAAGUUCCGGGACACUCUCCGCAAGAGGAGGAACCAGGGGGGGCGACGGCCCUCGUACAGCUACCCGUAUUCCCGUAACAUCCCCACCUCUCCCCCCAUGUACAACCUGGUCAUGAAAUCAGACAAGCCCAACAGGAUCAUCCCCAAUAGUCUUAUCACCCACCAUGAGAAGAACAUGGCCAACGAUGCCCUGGAACAUCACCAGGAGUGCACCAGUCCAGACGAGAACAUCCCCUCGGACCUGGCCAGCCUGCACCGCCACCUACGGGUGGCCCAAGAGCAGCUUGACAUGGCUUUCCAGACCUACAAUACUAACAAGAACCAGCCCACCUCCAGGACAAGUAGUCCAGUGUCUGGGGGCACCAUGGCAGAGCAGAACAGGGUCAACACAGCCCAGGAGAACCAAGGAGCCAGGCCAAAAUCAGCUACUACAGAGAAAGCUGCGACCAUUGUAAAAAACGGAAAGACUUCUGUAUGGAUUUAAGAAUGAUUAACUUCACGUGGUACAGUAAUCAUACUGAAAAGCCAUUUUUCAAUUUCCAGGACCAUAUUCUGCGGAUACUGGAAGAUGUGUGAGAUGAGACAAGAUAUUAAAGGCUUUGGAGCAUGAAUCGAUUGCACUGCCCGAAUACACUGUAAAAAGUACAAUUUCAUUCAACAUACAAUUGUAAGGCAACCAGCUGCAAUAGGAUUGUGAGUUUGCUCAACAACAUUUUCACACACAAAUGUUUUGUUGUG